CAUCCAACCCCCUUUACAUUUCCGCGAUGUCUGACAUCCAGCCCUGACUAAACAUAGGAAGUUCAGCACGCACACUAACAUUAUCAGACCGGUUUAUAAGAAACAAUGAGCGAAAUAAAACCAACAGUAGCGACUUCAACGGACAAAAAUGAAGCUACAGCAGAGGAAAAAGACUGGGCAGCUGCUAAAGCGCACUUUGAAAGUUUAAAAUCAACAAAACCGAGACCCCCCAAGCCGAGAUAUGCAGUUACUAUCGGAGUUUCUUCCCGGACAUUGUUUGAUAUGGUGGCGGAGAGGAAGAUAUUUGAGGAAGAAGGAGUGGAGAAGUAUGUUCAACAUCAACAAGACCACGAGAGUGAGCCACUGAAGCCGGGAGUUGCUUUUCCUUUUGUUAAAGCAUUAAUGACUGUAAAUGAACGGCUGAGGAAACUCUAUCCAGACAGUGAAGAGCUGUUUGACAUUGUUCUCAUGACCAAUAAUCACGCCCAAGUUGGGGUGCGACUCAUGAACAGCAUAAAUCACUAUGAUCUGACGAUAGAGCGAUUCUGCAUGACUGGAGGUCAGAGCCCAAUUGGCUACCUCAAGGCCUACAUGACUAACCUUUACCUCUCAAAAGACUCCAAGAAAGUUCAGGAGGCCAUUGAGGAAGGUAUAGCAGCAGCCAUCAUGUUUAAGCCUGAAAUGGAGACUAAGCUGUCAGAGACUCAACUGCGUGUGGCUUUUGAUGGGGACGCCGUGCUCUUCUCUGAUGAGUCUGAGAUCAUCGUGAAACAGCAUGGCCUGGACACGUUCUUCGAGCAUGAAAAACUGAACGAGAACAUACCGCUUGCACAGGGUCCUCUUAAGUGCUUUCUGGAGGCUCUAGGGAAGCUCCAGAAGAAAUUCUAUGCCAAGAAUGAGCGUCUGAACUGUCCUAUCCGUACCUUCUUGGUGACAGCCAGGAGCGCGGCCAGCUCUGGGGCCCGUGUGCUGAAGACACUCAGAAGCUGGGGCCUAGAGAUUGAUGAGGCUUUGUUCCUUGCUGGGGCCCCAAAAGGGCCCCUGCUGCAGAAAAUUCGCCCUCACAUAUUCUUUGAUGAUCAGAUGUUCCACAUUGAAGGGGCCAAGGAGAUGGGCACUAUUUCUGCCCACGUGCCAUAUGGGAUAGGACAGAAAUAUAACAAAGGGAAACUGAUUGAACCAGAAAAGCAGCAGAAAUAAGAGGUGACACUCUUAAUGAUGUUACAUGUCAGCCUUAGUCACUAAAGGGAGUAUUAUAUAGUUUAGAUGAAGGUAUCCACCCUUUUAUGAAAUGUAAGGAAACAUGUCAGCGGAGCUGCUGUGUUCGUGUAAACAGUGUAGAAAAAUGUUUUCUGAACACAUAUUGCUGCUCGCACACAACUUUGAAACUGUUUUAUUAGCAAUAAUGCUGGAAAAUUAUUUUUAGUUUUUUUUGGACAUAUAGAAGGCCUCAUGUUGGAUAAUUUUAUAAUAACUUUUUAUAAUUCUUGAUAUAGAUUCUUAUAGAUCUAUCUAUCUAUCCGUCUAUUUAUCUAUCUAGAUCUAGAUUUUUUCUAUAGAUUUUUUUCUAUAUGGUAUAUUUAAAUGGAAUGUUUGAGAAUAUUUAUUUUCCUUAUUAUGGGAAUGCAUAUAACUAAAAGUUUGAUUUAUAAAUUAAUAAAGGGUUAUUUUAAAAAUAGACAAUUAAAUAAACACUUCACAGAAUCAUUUUGAAAUGUAUUUGGUCAAUGGAUUAUCAUAACAGUUAUGUGUCUGUUCUGACUUAUGCACUGUUCUUAUUUUUGAGGUUCUACAAGUUUCACUUUAGAAUUCAUUAAAGUGAGACAUUCAUUAUCAUUAUUAGAGGUUUUUUUUGCAAUUCAGGCUGAUCAUCUGCCCAUUAUGCUACUUCUCAUCAAUGUUUUCCGGGGUUAAUUUGCUUUCCGCACACUGCUUGUUUUGCAAAUUAGAGUUACAUAAUGUGUUGAUGUCUCUGCUUGUAUUAAAAUGAUCAAAAACACUAUUGAUUGAUUUUAAGGUUAUGUUGCAUGUCAUUGAAUUUCAUAAUCAUUUUGUAAAGCUGUUAUGUGAUGUUUGCAUAAGCUCCUAAUCUCCAGAUGGAAAUACACUGCUAUUUGUGUGUUUACAAAUGUUAUCAGGCAGUUUCACUAAAUGACAUUUUAUGCUGCAUUGGUUUUGUUUUAGGCUGCUGGAUAAAAUUGAAUUUCAGACUUGUAAUUGGGAUAAAUAAAGAUUUUUAAAUGAAAAAAUAAAAUAAAUAAAUCUUUGUAUGAGUCAA